CAUUGAAUAGAGAAAAGAAAUGUACAAGUUAAACAUUUUAUUAUCCUUUUACUGUUUUGCAACUGUUGCUGUUUUUGCAGACACACCAGUGAAUGAUAAUAUUUGCAUAAUUCGUGAACCUGUUUUGAGUCUUUUUUCUUAUAACUUUACAAGUCUCACAAAUCCUAUAAAAGAUGUUAAUGUAAAUUAUGAGUAUUUGAAUGAAACUAUACGAUUGCAACUAUGCACUCCAUUGAGAGAAAAGUGCAAUGGGAAAGAUGGAUAUGGAAUUUGCUUAGUGAGAAACAAAGAAGAAAUAGGAAUAGGAAAAAUGCCUCCAAAAGUAGAUGUAACCGGUGGAAGGAUAAUGUUUGUAUUCACAGGUGAUGAUUGUACACCUAAAACUAAAUAUACUGUAAAUAUUAUAAUGAAAUGUGAUUAUGAAGCUGGAAGCAAUUCUUAUCCUGAAAUAUUUGAUUAUGCAUCAGAACAGUGUAAUUUAUAUUUGUCAUGGAAAAGUAUUUUUGCUUGUGCACCUCCAAAACAAAUAAAUUGUACAGUAACAGAUAAUGGGUUCCAUUAUGAUCUAUCAUCUUUAACCAGAUAUUCAGAAAACUAUGUUAUUCACACUGGUAAUAAUACAUCUCCAAAAAUUAUAUUAAAUGUUUGCCAUUCUGUGAUAUUUGAACACAAUGCUCUGUGUCAAAUGGAAUCAGGAGCUUGUUUACAGGAGAUUGUUUCUUCAAAAACUGAAUAUGUAAAUUUAGGUGAUGUUAAACAUUCACCAUUUAUAGAAGAUGGGAAACUGAAACUUCAAUAUCAGGAAGGAGCUAUUUGUAAAGUGAAAAAUGAAACUACACCACAUAUUGGGACCACUAUUUCUUUUAUAUGUGAUUUUGAAGCUAUAGAUACAGUUCCAGAAUAUGUAGGAAGUGAAUCAUGUGAUUAUCAACUAAUAUGGAAAACUGCAGCUGCUUGCAGUGUGGAAUCUUUGCGUAAUCAUAGUGCAACAACUGCUGGCAAAUGUACAGUGAAUAAUCCCCUUACAAAUUUUACGUACAAUUUGCAAACCUUGAUGAACAAAGAUUUUCAUACCAUAGCAAAGAAUGGCACAGAAUAUAAAUUUGGAAUAUGUAAGGCACCUGUGAAUACAGGAUGCACAUCAGGAACAGGAGUUUGUCUUACAAAAAAUAGUGUAUCUAUGGGAAAGGUUAACACAAAUUUAAUGUGGGAAGAGGGUGGCCCAUAUUUGAAUUAUACAGAUGGAGACUUAUGUGAAAAUGGACAACGACGAUAUACAAUUAUUGCAUUUUUAUGCGGAGCAGAAGGAUCUUCCGAGGAACCACUUGUUAUGGAACAAAAUUCUUGUCAGUUAAUCAUACAUUGGAAUACCAAUUUGGUUUGUGAGAAAAGGGUAAAAUGUGCUACAGAUGACGAUGAAGUGAAUUUAAGUUCAUUGAUCAAAUCUACUAGUAAUUAUAUUAUAAAGGUGAACAAAACUGAAUUUCACAUAAAUGUAUGUAGACCACUGGUCCCUGUACCAGGUUUAACAUGUGCACAUGGCAGUGCAGUUUGCAAAACUUCACUAAGUUCAGAUAAAGAAUAUAUAAAUGAGGUUAGUUUGGGUUUUCCAAAAGAGAGUCCUAUAGUGAAUAAAAAUCAUGAAACGGUGUUACGGUACCUAGGCGGAUCAGUCUGCCCUGAAAAUUCAAAUAAAUUAAUUUCCUCGAAUUUUACGUUCCCAUGCCAGUAUAAUGAUAAGGUAUUAUGAUUUCCAGAACUUAAAAAAUAUGAAGACUGUACUUAUAUUUUUGAGUGGAAAACGAGCAUAACAUGUGGAGCUGUAAUGGGAAAUUGGACUCCACCUUGUACUAUAAAGGAGCAGUGGCUUUCACAUGAAUGUAACCUUUCCUUGUUACAUAAAGAUAAAAAAAUAUACUACGUAAAGAACAAGCAAGGUAAAGAAUAUAGUAUAAGUAUAUGUGGAGGAGAAAAGAUUUGCAAUGGUUCUGCAGUAUGCCAAGGAAAUAAUGGUUAUGGAUCACUGACAAAUGUAAUUUUUGAUUAUGGCAGAAAUGUUAUAAAACUUAAAUACUCUAAUGGUGGUAAAUGUAUAGAUAGUAAAACAUCCUACACAUCUGAAGUACGAUUUAUAUGUAACGAGUCUGUAGGAAUCGGAACUCCAAAGCUGUUAUGGGAGUCGCAGUGCAGCGUAGAAUUCGAAUGGCACACAAACAUCACUUGCGUCUGCCAAUCGAGCUCUCAGCAGUCUACCUAUCCUUCAAACGCACCCAAAGGCGUGCAAGACUUCUCUGCUAGUCAUACUGGUACGGUGGCAGGCAUCGUGCUGACUGUUAUCGCUUUGGUAGCAGCGUUGCUUUAUUUCCGAGAUCCUGAUAAAAGAGCAUGCUUGCGCUCUUGUUUCAAUCCUUUUUCCUCGAGAAGAGGCAGCGGUCGCGUGCAGUACUGCAGGGUUGACACCACCGAGGAAGCUCGUCUUCUGCUCGACGUUGACCCCACGCAGUAUCAAACGGAUAGCGACGAUGACCUCUUGAACGCGUAG